CCGGCAGGUUGCCGCGUAGCGACGGAGAAUCAACAAUUGGAGACGGGCCUUGCCAACCCAAAUGUGGGACCCAAUAAUUUGAUGCGGCUAAGUGCGAGAAUCCAGAUCCACCAUCUGGUGCGCAACGAACACCGCGGAGCAAGUUAGCCUCUACACCAGCCAUCUUACUUUCCCAAUAUUCCAACUCACUCGGCCCUUUCCGAUUCAGAGACUCGCCUAUCGUGAUUGUCCAAUAAUGAGGAAGUACAAGUCUAACCGGCGAGUCCAAAUCGAUGAUUCCCAGUUGCCCAAGAACGAUGGCGAAGAUGGCGAUGAGGGAGAUGAGAGUAGAAUGCGAUUGAAACCGUCGGGAAGCAAUGUGAGCGAAGAUCAAGAGCCCUUCAUGGGCAUCAAGGUUCGAAGAAAAGCAUCCCUUCAUAGAGAUGUAAGAGGAGACUACAUCGACGUGCCUUCGAAUCCAUAUUUGAUGAAGAUUUUGCAAAAGCAAGGUGACAACCAAGUUCUCUUUGCUGAUAAAGUAUUGAAAUUCACUAGUUCAGGGAAGAUGAAACGGCGUAUAUUAUUAAUAACGGACUUUGCCAUUUAUAUUGUUGACCCGGAUACUGAUACACUUAAACGGCGUAUAGCAUUGGCGGCUGUGGAGAAAAUGUUUUUGAGUGAAUUAAGUGAUAAUUUCUUUGCAAUCAUCAUUCCAACUGAGUAUGAUGUACUUAUGGCCAGUACACGAAAGACAGAAAUUGUCGGAGUGUUAGUUGAAGCUACAAAGAGUUCAUCUGACUAUGAACUUGAGGUGGUUUUCUCCAAUAGUUUCGAGUAUCAUGCAGCUGCUGAAUUGGUGAAGGAAGUUCAAUUUGAGGAAGUCGAAGGUGGUGUUAAAACUAGAAUUGUGAGGAAGUGAGUUGCAGCUAGUACAUGCCUUCAUACGUUUGUAGACUAUGCAGGGGAGCGGCAUCUUUCAUUGUAAAGACACAGGAUCAUUAAGAUUCAUUGCAUUGUGUGUGAGGGUACUCAGCAUCAAGGCCAAUCCCAAUGAAAAUUUAGCUUUGUUGUUCCUUUAGUGUUUCGUUUUUUGGUGGGCGUAAUUCUUUAUAGUAAAAGAAUGAUGAUUUUUCAAUACGAAACCAACUCCACACGAAUGUGUGAAAUGAGACUCUAUGGAUGUUCACAAAUAAUAUAAAAGAUGUUUUGUA